AUGACAUUAUCCUUAGCUGAUAGGUCCAUAAAACACCCGAGGGGCAUAGUCGAGAAUUUGCUUGUUAAGGUGGACAAGUUCGUUUUUCCGGCCGACUUCGUCAUUCUCGACAUGGAAGCCGAUGAAAACGUACCGUUAAUCUUGGGACGCCCGUUCCUGAACACCGCUAAAGCUCUCAUAGAUGUCUUUUUAGGCACCAUCGCACUUAGAGCGGGCGAGGAGUCGGUAGUUUUUAAGGUCAUGAAUUCGAGAGCGCCUAGUGAUAGAGUAGAGGCGAUAUCGUUAGUAGGGGAGUGUGAGAAGGACGGGAGAGAUGAGGAGAAGGUGGUGAGUAAUCCGAGUCUAGAGAAAUAA